AUUCGUGGUCCGGCGCUCCUGCGUUUCCAGUUGUUUUCCCAUCCACUCACCGAGAAAGAGAGCCGGGGCGCGACGGUCCUAUAUUUCUAAGUGAACGCAGUGACUGAUGCGCAACUGACGCCUAAAGCCACCAGGUAUAAAGAGGCGAAACAGUUCACUGCUUGCUGGAGUGUUUGAGCAACUUUUUAAAAGAAAAAAGGACAGAUAGCAGAGAGAAGCGUAAAAAUGGUGUCGGCCGGAUUGGAAAUCUUGGGACUUGCUAUGUGCGUAUUUGGCUCGCUCCUGGUCAUGGUUGCGUGCGGGCUUCCCAUGUGGAAGGUGACGGCUUUCAUCGAGGCCAACAUCGUGGUGGCACAGACGAUCUGGGACGGCCUGUGGAUGUCGUGCGUGGUGCAGAGCACCGGGCAGAUGCAGUGCAAGGUGCACGACUCCGUCCUCGCCCUCAGCCACGACCUGCAGGCGGCCAGAGCGCUCACCAUCAUCUCCUCCGUGAUGGGAGUGCUGGGUCUCAUGGUGGUGAUCGCGGGGGCGCAGUGCACCAACUGCAUCCGCACGGAGUACGUGAAAGCUCGCGUGGUGAACGCCGGCGGGGUCGUCUACAUCGUCAGUGGCCUUUUUGUGCUGGUGCCUCUCUGCUGGAUGGCCAACAACAUCAUUUCCGACUUCUACAACCCGCAGGUGCCUGCAUCCAAGAAGAGGGAGAUCGGCGCGGCGCUGUACAUCGGCUGGGCGGCCACGGCGCUGCUGCUGAUCGGGGGGACGCUUCUGUGCUGCUCCUGUCCCUCCAGCGGGAACACGGGAUACUCUGUAAAAUACGCACCGACCAAGAGAGCCUCGCAGAACGGGGAGUAUGACAAGAGGAAUUAUGUGUAGCUGCGUCCAUUGCUCAGAGCAGACGGUGCGUAAAAGAGACUUGCAGCUUAAAAACUGUUUUUUUACGGACCUUGUUUUUGCACCUCCAACUUUUUAUGUAUACAUUUGAACUUUGAAAUCAUCGGAAGCGUCUCUGGUCCUUCAAUAUUUUCGGGCCAUUUUUUUUUUUUUUACACAUUUUUUUUUAUGUCUACUGGAGAUUUUUCUUACAAAGACUAUCAACUACAAGAGGUAGUUCACCACAAAAAAAGGAGUAUCUGUGUUAGGUACCUGCUUUUGUAAAUUGGUCAAAUAAUUAGUUUUAUAGGUUUAUCGGCUGUCUCGUAAACCCCCGAUGCCCACCCGGUUGAUUAGGUCUGAGCUCUGAAAAUGUAAAGUGUUCUUUGUCUUCAAAGUGCAUUGUCAGCACAAAGUUGUACAGUAGAAUGGCAGCACGCCGCCACAUUCUGCUAUAGUUUUUCUAAAGCGGCAAUGACACUUCAGAAACCAGCAAUACCAUUAAAAAAAUUGGUUAUUUAAUUUUCGUUUUAAAAUAUGAAUUGUUAAAUUUGGAUAUAACAAUGUGCGCGAUACACGCUUUUGUUGUCUUUUUUUGUUGUUGUUAUUCAGAAGUAACACGUGAAUUACAUUUGGUUUAACUUUCUUUUCAUGUUUCAAACAUUCAAAACCACAGGCAAAAAGAAAACAGCUCUUUUCUCAUGUUCCUCUACUGCCUUAGAAGCUGCUUCACCCCGUGACGUCACUACCCACGCGGGGUACUAGAGGGCUGAUGGUUUUCAACAGUUGCUCACCACUUAAUACAAAAAAGUGGCAACUAUUUACCUGAAAACAACUUAGACUUUAGAUAAUUUUGAAUAUCUUACACAUGGUUUUGUCAUACAAAAAUACAGGGGACAACACCCAUACAGCGCCGACUGAUAUACGCAGAACUGCUAUGGACCAUCAAUUCAGUUUUUUUUUUCCAAUCAGGCAAUUUUAGCUUAAUUAUGUUUAAUAUAAAAAGAGAAUCGAACCACCUUAUGUUUGUGUUAAUCUGUUGUUGUUGUUGUUGUUUUUUUACCACAAAAAGCACAACGGUUUGUAUUUAAAAUUCUAAUUAUGUACUUCAAAACGAAAAUCAAAUAACUACUUUUUUGUUAUUUAUUUUCUUUGGGUUUUUUUAUUACUGGUUUCUGACUAGAACAUCCAAUCAGCAGAACAUGAACCGACCAGGAUCAGUGUAGAUGUCUUGGACACUAUCCAAUAAGAAUGAAGACCCGAAAAGCAAAUUUCACACAUAUUAAAGCCCCUUUGAGUCUUAGAAUAUAAUAUCUGUGUAUGAGAGUCAUGCUGGAGUCCAUUAUUUGGCUUUUCUGAGCACCUGCAAAGUUUUUCACACCAGGAAAGCAUCUCUUUUUCUUUGUAUAACUUCCAGGAGUUUAUGUUCCAUCGUUCAUGUGUAUGAAGAUGCAAUACUUUGUCAUUUUAUUGUGAUUAAACAGAAUAUAUUGUUGGAAA